AUGCACAACAUCUCAAAUACUAAUCGUACAAUUCAACCAGAUAAAUUAGAGUCUCUAGAGAGUAUCUUCAUAUUAAUAUUUACAUAGUUUAAAUGCUCUCUUUCAAUAAUGAAUUGUUUUAAUAACUCUUAUAAAUUUGGAGAGACAAUCACAUUCCAGAUUGCCAUCAAAAAUACUUCUAUAACAUACUUAAAACUCAUGAAACUUAAGCUCUCUCUCUUAUACGCUAAGAGAUCGACAGUUUUCAAAAUAAUAAUAGUAUUGUGAAAACAUUGCUUCAAUUAACCUUAAGUAGAGAGCAUUGUCUACAAGAAAUCUAAAAGACAAAAUGUUUUAUUUUAAUGGAUUUCGUUAGAUUAAUUUCAAAAUAAAUCUAUGAUCUUAGAAAAUUAACUUACAAUUUAAUUGAAUUCCAUCGUAAAUGGAGAAAUUCACUAAGUGCUAAGUUUAAAUACAAUUAUGCAUGGAUCAUCAAUCGUAAAGAUUAUUUAUUCAAAAUAAUUGAUGAUUCUAAUAUAUUUCAACGUACACAUCCUAAACUACUAAGUUACUUCAAUCUUAAGGACUCUGAUAUUUUUUAUUUGAAUAUUAUUCAAUAAGCUCAUUUGGAAAAUGUAGAAUAUUUUGAUUUUUUGGCAAUACAUCUAAUAAAACAAUCUUAAGUUGAACGAAUGAUAGAAUCAUUCAGAUAUUUUUCAGAUUUAACUACCGAACCUCAUUUGUAGUAAACUUACUAAAUGAUAGAAACUAUAUCAUUUAGAACUAAGACAUCUAUGUAAUUUAAUUCUCAAAGAAUGAAGAUUGACAUUCCAGCUGUCACUUAAUUGGACGAUUAUCCUAGUACAAUGUUAUAUGCUUAAGAAGAUCUUUAAUUUAAAAUUUAUCAUUAUCCUUAAAAAGACUUUGAGAAGGUGAUAACCUUUUGGUAAAGUUAGAAUGUGAAAGAAUUGAAUGAAGCUUUUAAGUGUCCUAUGGAUCAUCUUAAAGAUGUCUUUUUGUUUUGGCAAGAAGCAACAAUCAUACAAAUAAAUCAAACAGCUUUAAUUUUAUGUUCUAUAGAUCAAGAUUGCAAUUAAAGAAGAUGGAUUAUUCAUUCAAUUUACAUUGUUCAAGAAUAAGAAUCUUGGCAAUAAAGAUUCAAUAAGAUAGUUUAACAUUUUAUUAAAAUGUUAAUUUAAAAAGUAGAUCCCUUUGUUUCUUUAGUGAUUUCAUGUAGCAAUGAUAAACCUAUAAAAUAGUUAUUGCAAUAAUUGAAAUUCACUUUUCUUAAAAAUGUUUCUUAUAUUUAAUUUGCAGUUUCCUUUUAUGAAUUUAAGAUAAAUUAAAAUUAAAUAAAUCAGAAUUAAAUCAGUUCUGGGUCUAGAAAGUACUUUACUCCUUUGAGUUUGAGAAUGAUUCGUAUUUUUGCCACAUAAACCCACUCAUAAACGAUAACUGAUGAGGAAUUAUUAAUUGCUUAAUUUAGUGCUAAUUUGGGAAAGAACAAUAUUAUACAUUUUGAAAACAAUAUUACUGCUCUACAACCUAUAUUGUCUGUAUUUAUUAUAUUUAUAACGAUUUUUCAAAGAAAUCAAAAUUGUAUGGUCAAGAAUACGUGUUAGUUCAUAAACAAUAAGACAUAAAGAAUAGAUUCUAAGUGCAAUUUAACUCUCCUAUUGAUGGGCCUGUAUAUUUUUAAAACUUUGCUAUAAAAUUGAAUUUUCAAUACUUUUCAAGUGAAAUACAUCGUAAUACAAAUGCACCAUAUAUUCGUUUGAUUCCUGUAUGAUAAUAUUCCUUAUUCCCUUAGCAUCCUUCGUAGAAUGAAUAAGAGGCAUCGGUUUUGGAAUUAACUUCUAAUGAAAUUUAAUCACGUAGAAUUUAUCUUGUCUCAACAAUACACCCAACUAUUAAGAUGUAUACUGUAACCUAAUAAUCCUUAGAUACAUAUAUGAGGUUUAGAAAAAUGAAAUAACAAAAUCAAAUAUCUAAUAACAUGUUAAUUCAAUUUUUGAGAAAUUCGAUAAGAAAUAGGAAGGAUUACAAAGUUUAUGGUUACCCUUCUUUAGAGCAACAAACAAUUCCCUUGCCUUACCAAAUUCAAUUAUAAAUGGAUUCUUUUAAAAUAACACUUCAGUUUCUUUUUGUUACCAUAGAAUUGCAGGGUUCCAUUCUGUUUCUAAUGUUCAUGAUUUAGAUAAAGUUAUACAACCUCCCUUUUUGAUUGGAAUAAUUUAAAAUGAUAUAGAAUAAAUAAAUAAGCCAUUGUUUUCUAUGUUGGUUGAGAAAGAUUGCAUAAUAAAGAGUUCAGAAAUGAUUCAGUAAGGGACUCAGUAUGGUUAAUAGAUAAUGCCUUUGAUUAUGCAACCUAGAGAUAUUGAUGGGAAGAUAAAUGAACUACUAAAAAUAAAUGUAUUGGAAUUAUAGAAAUCAUUCAAUUCUGAUCCUUACUAUUUAUCAUAGAAGUUGAAGUAUGGAUUAGAAGCUGCAUUAAUGAAUAUAAAUAAUGGAUAUGCACUUAUUUAUGUUGAUGAGAAUCAUUUUCAAGAGAAGAAGUGGAUAAUUGAGUCAAUAAUGACAAAUAAUAUUGAUCAUGUAUCAGGAUUAUUAUUGAAGUUGAGUGAAUAUAUAUUUAAUGCAGAUUAAUUUGCUAGUGAAAUCUAAAUCAGUUAGGUAUAAACAUAUAUUUAAUGAUUAAGAAUCAUUAUUCUGAUUAGGGUGAAUUGGUAGCAAAUAAGUAGGUAACUGAUUGCAUUAGAAAAGCUAAAUUUAAAUGGAGAUUAGUAGAUAAUGAUGCUAGAAGCUAAUAGAGAAAGACAAUUUAUAGUUUAAAGCGAUCUGUUUAAGAUUUGUAUUUUAUAAUAUGAAAUAGUCCUCCGAAAUAAGAGAAUUAGAUUUGUAUUCAAUUCUAGUGUUAUUAUGCAUUAUAGUAAAGUGAAUAGAAAAUAGAAACAAAAAAUAAAUUAGAAUAUUUUAGAGUCAAAGAUUUUUAUUAAUUUUUUGAAGAUUGUUUUUAAUUCCAUAUGGAUAGUGAGUAUUAAGAUGAGAAUCCUUUUUUAAGAAAUAAAUUUUAAUAAUAUUAGGGUUCUUUGGGAAAUUGUGAAUUUAGAGUAUUGGGUAAUUAGAAUGAAUUGAGAUAGAGUUUAAAAUUGGAUAUAAAAUUACCAAAAUUUGAUGAGAGAUUUUAGAUGGUAUUUUAUAUAAUGGGAUUGAAUAGUUUAAUGUUUUUUAGAUGAAUACAUAAUUGAGAUUGAAAAGAUAAAGAUAGGUGAUGAUUAAGAAUAAGAAAUACAUUGAGAUUCCAAACAUUGAAGGUGUUCAAUAGAUAUAUUAAUCUGAUUUGUAUUAGAAUAAUUUAAGGGUGUUUUUUAUACCAACAUCUGAUUCUAUGAGUUAUUUUUAUGUGAUUGAAUUACCAAAUUAAUAGAUGGUGAAUUAAAUAAAAUAGGAUUAUCUUAAUAUUACAUCAAUGAUAUGUUAAGUAUGUAUUUAUAAUAAUUGAUAGUCAUUUCAAUUCAAGUACAAUAAUAGUUGUAAAUCAUUGUUAAUAAAAGAGUUUGAUUAAACAUGUUAGAUGAAUAAAGAAUCAAAUAUGUUAUAUGUUGAUUUUGCUUUAAGUAGUGAAUUCACACUAGGACAAUAAAUAAUAGAAGAUGAAUAGAGGGAGAAUCAAUAAUGGAUAGUAUAAUUGCCAAUGAUGAGUGGAAUAGUGUAGAUAAAUGUGAAAAAUCAAUAUGAAAGACCAUUAAUUGGAUGGAUAAUCGAUAAAUGA